AUGGUGUCUGUGUCACGCUUCCUUCGAGGCGUCGGCCUUGCGGCCCUCGCUGCAGUGACUUGCCAAGCUGCUGCCGCUGGCCAAUCUCUUUCCGAGCGUGCCUCUUCCAAUGACCGUUUGGUAUUUGCACACUUUAUGAUCGGCAUCGUCAGCAACAGACAAAGCUCUGCAGACUAUGACGAAGACAUGAAGCUUGCCAAGGCUGCUGGAAUUGAUGCCUUUGCUCUGAACAUCGGCACCGAUACCUACAACGACGCACAGCUUGGAUAUGCCUAUGAUUCUGCCAACCGCAAUGGCAUGAAGGUCUUUAUCUCUUUCGACUUUCACUACUGGGACAAGAACAACGCAGCUGCCGUUGGCCAAAAGGUUAAGCAGUAUGCCAGCCGACCUGCUCAACUCAUGGUCGACAACAGGGUAUUCGUCUCAAGUUUCGCAGGCGAUGGAUUAGAUGCCAACGCUGUGCGAAGUGCUGCUGGCUCCAACAUCUAUUUCGUCCCCAACUUUACCCCUUGGGGUGGUUCGACCAACGGCAUUGACGGUGCUCUGAAUUGGAUGGGUUGGCCCAACGAUGGAAACAACAAGGCCCCCAAGAACGGAAAGAGUGUGAGCGUCGCCGAUGGUGACAACAACUAUCUGAACUGGCUUGGCGGCAAGAAGUACAUGGCUCCUGUUUCUCCCUGGUUCUUCACACACUUCGGACCCGAGGUUGAUUGGUCAAAGAACUGGGUUUUCCCUGGUGGCUCUCUCAUCUUCGACCGCUGGAACGAAGUCUUGCAGAAGGGCUUCCCCAUGGUCGAGAUCCUCACCUGGAACGACUAUGGAGAGUCCCACUACAUCGGCCCUCUCAAGUCUAAGCACAACGACGACGGGUCGUCCAAGUGGGUUAAUGACAUGCCGCACAACGGUUGGCUCGACCUCUCCAAGCCCUAUAUCGCCGCCUACAAGAACAAGGAUACCAACGUUGCCAAGUACAUCGAGAAGGAUCAGCUCGUCUACUGGUACAGGCGCAACCUCAAGUCUCUCAACUGCGACUCCACUGAUACGACAUCCAACAACCCCCCUCCCAACCCCAAUGAGAACUACUUCAUGGGCCGUCCCGACGGAUGGGACACAAUGGAAGAUGUUGUCUACGUUGUCAGUCUGCUCAAGUCAGCCGGCACUGUGGUUAUCACAUCUGGAGGCAAUUCUGUCACCAAGGACGUCGGUGCCGGCGCUACUCUGAUCAAGGUCAAUGCUGGAGUUGGAAAGCAAACAUUCACUCUGAAGCGCGGCAGCUCCACUGUCCUGUCUGACACAUCUCUCAUGGACAUCACCAAUGUCUGUGCUUGCGGCCUGUACAACUACAACGCUUACGUUGGCACCGUGGCAGCUGGUUUCUCCGACCCUCUUGACGGCGCCGGCUUGGCAUCUCUGACUGUAGGACUGCACGUCACGACUUGCCAGGCCAAGCCAUCUCUUGGUACCAACCCGGCUUCACCUACUCAACCAAACCCGCCAGUUGUGACCACUGCCAACCCUGGCCAGGCUUGCAUCAAGGGCACCGUCGCUGACGGACAGAGCCAAAAUUACCUUGGCCUUUGCGAGUACACUUGCCACUACAACUACUGCCCUUCCGCUCAAUGCAAGUGUACUGAGUACGGUUCAGCCGUAUCACCUCCUGCCACUAAUGGCCGUGAGGGCUGUCCCGCCAGUGGCCUUGAUGAUAGUUACAAGGGACUUUGCAGCUACACCUGCAACCAUGGAUACUGCCCCGAUACUACCUGCAGGUACUGUUGA